UCACUCACUGGUGGCAUUGUCAUGGAAACAAGACCACCGCUUCGCUAUUGUCUCGCGCCCUACCGAGUUUAUUAUAAGCGCCGCGCGAGCCGCAGCGCGCUGUCAAACGGAGCGCACCGCGGAGAGGAGAGGACCGCUGAAGACGCGCACAGACAGAGGGGAGCGAAGAAGGAGAGAGAGUGCCGAGAAACUAUCUGGAUUAUCCAGGGGGGACCCGUCCAGACAGAGAGAUACGCGUAAAAGAGAGUUUGGGAGAGAAAAACGCAACUCCGACGAACCGUCACCCCCAAGAAACAAGCAGCAGCUGCGUAAAAGCCGCGGACCGGUGUCUGCACCGGCUCACCUCCAUGUAUAAGAUGGAUUACUCCUACCUGAACUCCUACGACUCCUGCAUGGCGGCCAUGGAAGCGUCGGCCUACGCGGACUUCAGCUCCUGCAGCCAGGCCAGCUCCUUCCAGUACAACCCGAUCCGGAGCGGGCCGUUCUCCAACCCGGGCUGCACGCCGCUGAGCACGGCCAGCUGCACGCUGGGAGCCCUGCGAGAGCAUCAGCCCACACCGUACUCCUCUGUCCCUUACAAAUUCUUCUCGGACCCUUCUGGACUAAACGAGAAGAGGAAGCAGCGGCGCAUCCGGACCACCUUCACCAGCUCCCAGCUGAAGGAGCUGGAGCGGGUCUUCGCCGAGACGCACUACCCGGACAUCUACACCCGAGAGGAGCUGGCUCUGAAGAUAGACCUGACCGAGGCCCGGGUGCAGGUGUGGUUCCAGAACAGGCGUGCCAAAUUCCGCAAGCAGGAGCGGGCGGCCAACGCCAAGGCCAACAGCUCUGGUGGCAACUCUGGCAGCAGCAGCAGCUCUGGGGGCAAGAAGGGCGGAGAAACGAGAUCUUCGUCCGAUGACGAUGAGUCCAAAGAGUCCACCUGCAGCCCGACGCCCGACAGCACCGCUUCCUUGCCCGGCUCGGCCAACGGGAACCUCGGGAGCCCCGCUAGCCUUAGCCCCAGCCCGGCCCCCGCCAACAGCGGCUACACCAACGCCUCCAGCUCCCCGGUCCUCCAGGGCCUGAAGCCGCCCAGCUGGUCCAGCCUGGGGCCGUCCAACCCGGCGGUGGCCCAGCCGGCUGCUCAGACUCAGGAGAUUCUGAAGGCCUGGCAGCCAGCGGACAGUAUGACCGGGCCCUUCGCUGGAGUCCUGUCCUCCUUCCAUAGAAAACCCAAUCCUGCCAUCAAGACAAAUCUGUUCUGAGGCGGAGAGAGGGAGGAGAAGACAAGGACCGAUGUGGAACAGAUAAAAGCUUCAAACUUUUUUUUUUUUUUUUUAGUGGAGAAUCAAAAACAUGCCCAUCAUGUUCUGGCCAGAGCUCAGAUAAUACCAGAUCUGCUAGUUCAAGCAUGUCACGCAGCUAAACAGAACCGACCCGGAUGUGGACAGAUUCCUGUGACUCUACUUUCCACCUGACUUUGAUCCUUUCUAGGACCAGACCAGAAAGACUCUCUCUAUUUAAUGGUAUUGAACUCCAACAGUACAGGCCCUCAAACCGUCAGCCCCAGAUCCUUGCAUCUUCUCCGUAUUCGUUGCAUACUCACAUUCCCAAACUCUCUGCAGCGGCUCCAUGAAGUAUGGAGGUCAGGUACGAGCUAAAAGCAGAAAGCCAAACAUCUCUGAUCUCUGCUGAGGAAACAAAGCAAACCUUUACCCUCAAGCACAACUAGAUACACAGACUUUUUUUGUUUCUGGAAUUGCCCCCAAAUCCGUUUGCCAAGCGGAGCGGGGCGGGUGGGAGAGAGGAAGGGGGGGCCUGGAAAUCCAAUUAGAGCUGUGUGGUUGGGAGCAGACACCUCCCCAGAUCAGCUCAUUCUCUCCUCCGUAUGUUAAACGUUGAAUCCUGACCUGUAAGAAAACAAGUGGCCACUUUGUUAAAGCUCCCGGUUUAAGCCAUACCGCACAUCCACAGAGCCGAGCGCAUCCUGCAGACGUUUGGGGUCCAACUGAUCCGUUCUGCCGCUGGUGAAGUCAUGCAAACGGUCCCUCACCGACCCAACGCCACAGACAGAAGAGAUCGCUUCCCCUUCAUCAGCUUCUCAGACUGAAGCAGGAUUACUGGCUCUAAACAUACACAAAGCGUCCCGUUUUGACCCUUAACGGCGCGGCCUUGGCCUCGUUGAUGCAAACCUGCUGGCAAAACGGUUUCCUCAGAAUAAAAAAAAACAAAAACAUGUAUUUAUUAAUAUUUUUCACAUGUCUUUGAGUGGCUGUAAAUUCUGUAGAUAGUAAUAUAAAUAUUAGAUAGUUGUCCCACCCUCUUUUUUUUGUUUUUGUUUGUUUGUUUGUUUUGCUUUACAGAUCUACUUCACUGCAGGGCCUCUGUCUCACAGGAACGUGUGGAGCUCUGGUGAAUGAGAAGUUAUAGCACUACUCUGAAUAUUCAAAUAAAUCUACAUUAUGAAGGCACUACGCGACACAGCUCA